AUGCCUUCGCAGUACUCACUAUUGUCGCUCUUUCUGGCCAGCAGCCGCGCGCUGGUCGAUGCCGCCCAACCCCUUCCCGUCGAGGACUACGAUGUACUACAAUAUAUAGACCCGCUGAUCGGCAGCGCCAACGGGGGCAAUGUUUUUUCCGGCGCGACGCUCCCGUAUGGCAUGGCCAAAGCCGGAGCGGACACCGAUUCUGAGAACAACCAGGGCGGUUUCGCCUACGAUGGAAGCAAUGUUACUGGCUUCUCGAGUAUGCACGACUCCGGCACUGGCGGAAAUCCGUCACUGGGCAAUUUUCCUCUUUUUCCAUAUGCCCAAUGCCAAGAUGAUGAUGUGAAUGGCUGUGUAUAUCCGAAGAAAGCCCGCAAAACACGGUAUACCCCGAACUCUGUCAAGGGGAGCCCGGGCUAUUUUGCACUAUCCCUCAGUUCCAAUGUUCACGUUGAGAUGACGGCCGCGCAUCAUACCUCGCUCUUUCGGUUUAAUUUCCCCGAGAACAGCAAGCCAUUGAUUUUGUUAGACCUAUCGGAUCUGUCCGACUCUCGUCAGGACAAUGCGUCUAUUUCCAUUGAUGAAUCUAGCGGACGGAUGACGGGUAGUGGCAAGUUCUUGCCCAGCUUUGGCAGUGGAGAGUACGAGCUUCACUUUUGCGCCGAUUUCCAGAGUUCUGGUCAGCUUCGAGAUAGUGGCAUUUUUGUCGAUGCCCGCGCUAGCACUGAUGUCCACGAUUUAACGAUAUCGCGCAGCAUCAAUGGCUAUCCUCUUCCGGGUGGUGGAUUUGUUCGAUUCGAAACCCCACCGGAUGGCAGCGUACUUGCCCGUGUGGGCGUGAGUUUUAUUAGCCCUGAGCAAGCCUGCUCUCAUGCCGAAUCGGAGAUUGAGGGCUUUAAUUUCGAGUCUAUACGCCAGGCCGCUGUAGAUCAGUGGACUGAAAAGCUUGAACCGAUUCGGGUAUCCCGAAAUGGGGUAAAUGCAUCUGUUCUCACGAAUUUUUACAGUGGUAUCUAUCGAACGAUGGUGAAUCCCCAGAACUACACUGGUGAAAACCCACUUUGGUCGAGCUCGGAACCGUAUUUCGAUUCAUUCUAUUGCUUGUGGGACUCGUUUCGUUCGCAGCUGCCCUUCCUGACGAUCUUCGAUCCCGGCUCCGUUGCUCAGAUGGUCCGCUCGCUGAUUGACACGCAACGUCACCUGGGAUGGCUUCCGGACUGCCGUAUGUCACUCUGCAAAGGAUAUACUCAAGGUGGCUCAAAUGCAGACAUUGUCCUUGUUGACGCCUAUGUCAAAGGCCUCCAAGACGGCAUUGAUUGGGAUGCCGGCUAUGCUGCAGUUCAGAAAGACGCCGACGAAGAACCAUUCGACUGGUCCAACGAAGGUCGUGGUGGUCUGCGAAGCUGGAAGGAGCUGCACUAUAUCCCCGUCGAAGACUUCGAUUACUGGGGGUUUGGCACUAUGACCCGCAGCAUUUCACGGACCCUUGAAUACUCUUACAAUGACUUUGCUAUUUCUCAGAUGGCGCGGAAACCUUUUAAAGAAGACCAGACGUCAUUUCGAAACGCUACUGACACGGGCUUCAUCGGCUUCUUCCAGCCCAAGUACUUGAACGGCACUUGGGGCUCUCAGGAUCCCCUCAAGUGCUCCAAUAUUGAUAACAGUGGGAGUAUCUGUUCGCUCCAGAACACCGCCGGAGAAACCUUCGAGUCGAGCAUUUGGGAGUACCAAUUCUUCGUCCCUCAUGACAUGGCCGCCCUGAUCACCUUGCUCGGUGGGCCCGCCAGCUUCGUCCGACGCCUCGACUACUUGCAUGACCGGAAGAUCACCUACAUCGGCAAUGAGCCUUCUUUCCUGACCGUCUUCCAGUACCACUACGCCGGCCGCCCGGCCAAAUCCACCGCACGCGUGCGCACCUACAUUCCAUCCUCAUUCUCCCCCACGCCCGCCGGCCUCCCCGGCAAUGACGACUCCGGCGCCAUGGGCUCCUUCGUCGCUAUGUCUAUGAUGGGCCUCUUCCCCAACCCGGGCCAGAGCGUCUAUCUAAUCACUGUGCCUUUCUUCGAGGCCGUCCGCAUUGUCUCCCCGCUUACCGGCAACACUGCCACCAUCAGCGUCGCCAAUUGGGACUCCUUCAUUACCGGAAAUUCCUCCUCGCCCGCCGGAUAUAUCCAGUCCGCUACCCUGAACGGCGUCCCCUAUACUCGAAGCUGGGUUGAUCACUCUUUCUUCACUCAGGGCCAGGACCUCGUCCUCGUGCUCGGCCGCAAUGAAAGCGCCUGGGGUACUGCGCCAGAGGACUUGCCGCCCUCCAUGUCGGAUGCCCCAGCCACGGCCAUGCGCGCGCGAUCCGUUGCAGGCGUGAACAGCUUCGAGGAGCGUGUGCUGUCGGCAGGGGCUGCAAUGGGCCGGAAUUCGGGGCACGGGGUGCAUCUGGAUCAUUGGGCGAGGUUUGGUGGGGUGCAUCAUGGGGUGAAGGGGCUAAGAGGUUAG